AACUUUCCAACUUCUCAUUUGGUCAAUUCAUUCGUUCCGAUCGUUGCAUUAUAUCGUGAAUUAUACAACCAAAUUAUUCCACAGGUGAAAUAAUUUGUCUUUCGAAAUUACAAAUUCUUCUAGUCUUGCUCCAGCACGUUUGAAAAAAAACAUGGAAUUCGCUCUAUUUGACGACCUGGUACUUGGAAAGAUAGCAGACCUCCUCCAUAGUCUCGACGACCUUAAGAACUUCCGCCUCGUUUGUACCAAAUGGAACAAAAUUGGGACACCUUUCUUUGCCAAACGAGUCAUUUUGUGGACAUCAACUGUCACUAUAAACGAAGAAAUUGACACAUUUUGCAAUAACUUGGAUGUCAUAUUAGCAAAAAGAUUGCGAGCUAGAGGCCUGCAAGACAAUUCAUGGUCGAUGAAAAUUUUGGAGAAAUAUCACCAGCACAUAAAUUUCUUGGAACUUUACGCCGAUACAGAUUGUGUGGAUUUUGUUGUCAAAGUUUUGAACUGCAUAAGCCUUCCUGAGCUGCAAACUUUAACGAUCGUCGAAAUAGAUAAUUGUGGAGAAAUUUUGGAAAACGUGGAAAUAUUUGGGGUCUUUCCAAAAUUGAAACGUCUUGAAUUUAAGAUGUGGAAGCGUUUCCAUGAAGAACGGAAAUAUUCCCCAUUUCAUGUCGUGGUUCAAGAAUUGAUUAAUAAAUGUGGGGGGAAUUUGACCGAGUUAAAAUUGGGGGAUGACUUCCGUUUAGAUUUGGAGGGGUGUAAAGGUUCUCUUAAAUCGCUCAGUGCCACGGUUAUACCGUCGAAUACUGAAAUUUUGGAGGAUUUGGAUACAGAUAAAAUAUGGCCUGAAUCGGAAAUUAACAAAAUGCUGGAACAGGUUAAGGAUUCCUUAGUGGAACUGGAACUAAAUGGGAUACGCUCUUUCUUCGCGGGGUAUACACUUGAUGAUUUUCGACCCCCAGAAAUGAAGCGACUGAAAAUCUUAAAAAUCAUGGCAACUGAGGUAGUUCACUCUGAAGAAUAUCUGAACCAGAAAUAUUUUCCGAACCUGGAAACAAUUUGCAUUCAGGGUCGCAAAAAGGGUGCACAUGUCAAUCUUUUCCUCUACUUGGCAACGUCACCCAUGCCAACCGUUAAGACGGUAAAGUUGUUCGGGACAAAAAAAUUGGACUUGAUUUCGAAAGUGAAGCAAAUAUUUCCAAACGUUAAGCACUUUUAUCUUGACACCGAAAAGCGCAAACUAGACCUACCCGUACUUCGAAGGGAAAAACUUUUUAAGUUAUUUGGUGCCUUUGCCACCUGGGGGUUGGAAAGUUUGGAAAUUAUUAUGCCGUGCUACUAUAAAAUGAAAGAUAUCCUCGUGGCGGCAGAUAGGCUACCCUUGGAUGAUGUUAAGCGGAUAAGUCUUCGGUUGCUGCCAUACUCUGGCGAUGAUAAAGACAGCGAAGGAGAUGGACUCGGGCUUCCGGACGAGAUUUGUCACACCUUGAUGCGGACAAAGGGGAUGGAGAUCUUUGAAAUUACGGAUAUUUCACCGUUACUCCAAGAUAUCCGCGUCGUUAGGAAGUUUGCAGAAGAAAAUUCCUUGCCAAUUAAGAUUCUGUGUGGCAAGGAGUAAACUUUUUGUGUGCACUUACAUACAUAAAUAAUAUGUAUGAAUAUGUAGAUAUACUUACGAAUAUACAUUCUCCCAAAUCUCUAUAUAUAUAAAUUAAAUAACUCGAAAAAGUGGCCAAUUGUCACUUAAUAAAAACCAAGUUAUAAAAAAUAA